AUGAUGUUUGCGUUGUCAAAGUACAAUGAGACUUUGAAUUUGCAAAGCAUAGUCUAAAAUCAAAAAAAUAACCUAUUUUCUUCAGAAUAGGUCUUUGAACAUAUUAUAAGUUAAUUCCUUACAAAAUUGAAAAAGUCAAAUGAUAGAAUAUUGGCUAUCGAGUAUCUCAUUUCAAAUUUUCCAAACAAUAAUUACUUUAUCAAUUACAAAGAACAAUUAGAUGGAAAACUGAUUGGUAAAAAAUGGUAGAAAUUCAAUGAUCAUGGAUUAUAGAAAAACUUUGAAUAUUUUGUUAAAAGAAAAAAAUUGCAUGAUGUACAUUAAAGUUUUGAUUGGAAAAGGCUAAAUUAGCUUCUAGAAGAUAAAGAAUUUGUAUUAGCUUGUGGAUUCCCCACUUCUUUAGAUAAAAGAAAACAUAUUUUCGAGAAGCUACAACAUCAUGGUUUCAGAAUAAUAGAUUUAAUGAGGCAAUGUAAAUAGAAAACAUUUUAAUUAAAUUCUAUUAUAUUAAAAAAUUUGAUAUUCUUUUUCUUUAUACCUUAAGAAUUGGAAAUAAGUCAUUUGGAAUAAUAAGAAUUAUUUUAAAUAUUAGGAGAAAUUUUAAGCUAAUUUUGGAUUUAAUUUGAAUAUCAUUAUUAAUAACUACAAAGUUUAACUUAAAACUUAGACAAUGACUCUAGUGCAAGUCAGUUAAAAAAUCUAAAAGACUUGUUAGAUUUUAUAAAGCAAGGUUCAAAUAUUAUAUUACAGAAAAAUCAUAUACAUUCCUUAAAUUUAACUAAUAUUGAGAUUUUGAUUGACAAAUUAUUACCAAUUGAUUUUGAUCUUUAACAUAUUUUCUAUAUGAUGUGCUUCUAUUGUUUCCAAAAAUUUGCUCAAUAUUAUUCAACAUAGUUGGAUUUGCAAAAUCCAAAUGUAAAAUUUAUUAACAUUAAAUAAUACCUCUAAAGAAUAAUGAGCCCAAAUGAUCAACUUAAUUAAAACUUAAUGCUUUAGUUAUAAGAAUAUAAAGAUAGGCAAAUUUAACUGAUCACCUAAUAGAAGAUAUGUCUAAAUUAGUCUAUUAAAGAUUUGUUACAAUAGAUUACUAAAAAAAACUGGUAUGAACUGAUUAAAAAAUUGCAUGUCAUAAACUUGAAUUCAUAUACAUAAUAAAAUGCAAAAUUUUUUAAUUUGCUGACAAAUAUAAGUUCUGAAAAGAUAUACGAAGUAGCAAAACUAUUAGAAACGCUUAUUAUGGAGGAUAGUUUAAUUAAAGUUGUUUUGAUAUUAGAAUAAUAAAAAUAAAAUUUUUAUCCUCAAGAAUUAGAAAGUAUUCUUAGAAUUGUUUUAGAAAAUUCAUAUCAAAGCAUAAUUAAUUUUUAACUACUUUAUUCUGUUUUAUCUUAAGAUAGGAGUCAAACUGAGAAAGAAAAUAUUCUAAAAGUGGCUGAAUACGAUGAAAAUUUACCACUUGAAUAAAAAAUUUAAAUGCUUUCCAAUUUUUCUUAUGAUCAGUUGAAAUUGGUUUUUAAUUAAGAUGUGCUCAUCAAUACUUUAAUAGAAUCAUAUUUAUAAAAUUUAACUUAAAAUCAUUUCUCACUCCUUUGA